AUGACCUCCUACCUUAAAGAGUUCAAAUUCAAUUCUUUUGAAAGGUCUUGUCAUGAUCAGCAGCAGCUAGCAGAACUUGUCUUGUAUCCUUUUCUUGAUUUGUCCUACGUGGUUUACCUGGGGAGACAUUCUCAUACUUCUGAACCUUCUACCUCUGAUCUGGACAGGGUAACAGAUUCCCAUCAUGAACUUUUGGGUUCUUGCAUACAGAGCAAGGAGAAGGCGAAAGAGGCCAUAUUUUACUCCUACACUCGUUAUAUCAAUGGUUUUGCUGCAAUACUUGAAGAUGAAGCAGCAGCCGAAAUUUCUAAGGCAUCCAAAAGUUAUAUCAGUUUUUCGAAACCAAAUGAGCAAAUUACACGCAACAAAUUCGGCCUGAGUUUUAAUGCUAAUACUCAACCUGCUGGAAAGUUUUACCCUUUGAUCAAUUCAGUGGAUGCUAAAGCUGCCAAUGUCUCCAGUCAUCAAGCAAAAUUUUGCUCUACCGGAUCCCUUGACCCAGAGAAAGUCAUAGGAAAAGUUGUGUAUUGUACUCGCAACGAACCCUUGAAUAUUGUAGAAAAGAGUUUUGUGGUUGCUCAAGCUGGUGGUGUGGGGGUGGUACUUGCUAACCAAUUGAUAACUCAUCAAAUCAGUCCUCAGGCGCACGUUGUUCCUACUUCAUUUGUCUCUGCUGUUGAUGGACUUUCCAUGUUAUCUUAUAUCUAUAGCUCAAAGUCACCAGUAGCUUACAUCAGUGGCGCCACAGAAGUGGGAACAGUGGCCUUCGAUUCUUCUCCUGGGCCUAAUUCAAUCACUCCAGAGAUACUCAAGCCCGACAUCACUGCACCUGGAAUGCAUAUUUUAGCUGCCUUCACAGAAGCAUCAGGGCCAACUGAUCUGCCAGGAGACCGGCGCCGAGUACCAUUCAACAUUAUGUAUGGAAGUUCAAUGGCAUGCCCCAAUGUUUCCGGAAUUGCUGGUCUUCUCAGAACUAUUCACCCUGAUUGGAGUCCUGCUGCUAUUAACAAUGCCCGACAGCCUAUUGCCAAUGCUUCUCUUCUUGAGGCAAACCCAUUGAAUUACGAUGCAGGGCAUGUCUGGCCUAGCCGUGCUAUGGAACCGGGCUUGGUCUAUGACUUAACAACUAAAGAUUAUGUGAAUUUUCUAUGCUUCAUCGGCUAUAAUUCAAUCGAGGUGUCACUUUUUAUUGGAGAGCAAUAUGCAUGCCAAUCGCACAACAAUAGUCUUCUGGAUUUCAACUAUCCAUCUAUUACUGUCCCAGAUAUCUCAGGCAAGAUCACAUUGUCUCGAACCCUGAAGAAUGUGGGGACUCCUAGCUUGUAUAGAGUUCAUAUCGAUGCACCUAAAGGAAUAAGUUGA